GCCAACUAUAAAACGCAGCCAUCGAUUGUAAACCAAACAUAAUUCAGUUCGUGGUCUCAGCCGGAGAAGAAGCAAAUCGCAGAAACUAUUCCCGCAAAAUGCAGCAGCAAAUGUUGGUGAUUCUGUCGCUGGGUUUGAUGGUGGCCUGUACUGGAGCAUUGCCAGCCGUGGGUCCUGCGCUGUUUCCCGCAGCAUCGGCAGCGCCCUUUGGCGUGUUUCCUGGAUCUGCCGCUGCUCCCUUUGCUGCCUAUACAAAUGGACAAUUUGGUGUGCCUUUUGGUGCCUUUGCUGGUGUACCCUUUGGCGCCGCCGCUGGUGCUCCCUUUGGUGCUGCUGCUUCUUUGGUUAGUGCUCCACUGGCUGCUGCACCUUUGGCUGUCUCUAGCAGUCAGCGUUUGGAUUACUUCAAUCAGUUCAAUGCCGCCUUUGGUCCGCCAGCUGCCGGACGUCUGCUGGCCGCUGGUCCAGCGGGAGUUGCUCCAUUUCCAGCUGGCCGAUUGAUUCAACCCGCACGUUUGAUUGCUCCAGGUUCAUUUUUCUUCUAA